AAAUUGUGUGAUCAAUGUAUUGGGUUCUUACUUUUGGCGCGUCUGAUAGCUUGUUUAUUGUUUCUGUAUAUGUUACUGAUCAGACUUUCGGUUCCGUGUUUGUUUUCUCGUUCAUUCCCAGCAGAAUCUCUAUCGAGAUGACGAGUUAUACCCCCAAAAACAUUCUCAUUACCGGGGCUGCCGGUUUCAUAGCAUGCCAUGUCACCAACCGUCUCACUCGCAACUUUAAGGAGUACAAGAUUGUCGUGCUUGACAAGCUCGAUUACUGCUCGAACCUGAAAAACCUCCUCCCGUCUAAAUCCGCUGCCAAUUUCAAGUUUGUGAAGGGAGACAUUGCCAGCGCGGACCUUGUCAACCAUCUUCUCAUUACAGAAUCCAUUGACACGAUAAUGCACUUCGCCGCCCAGACCCAUGUCGACAAUUCUUUCGGCAACAGCUUUGAGUUUACCAAGAACAACAUUUAUGGCACUCAUGUCCUGUUAGAAGCAUGUAAGGUGACUGGCCAGAUUAGGAGGUUCAUCCAUGUUAGCACCGACGAAGUUUAUGGAGAGACAGAUGAGGAUGCCGUCGUAGGAAACCAUGAGGCCUCUCAACUUCUCCCUACGAACCCCUACUCUGCCACGAAAGCCGGAGCAGAAAUGCUUGUCAUGGCAUAUGGCAGGUCCUAUGGGCUACCGGUGAUAACAACCCGAGGGAACAACGUCUACGGUCCAAAUCAGUUCCCUGAAAAAUUAAUCCCGAAGUUUAUCCUUUUGGCGAUGGGAGGAAAGCCUCUUCCAAUUCAUGGAGAUGGUUGUAAUGUGAGGAGUUACCUCUACUGCGAAGAUGUUGCCGAGGCUUUUGAGGUAAUCCUACACAAAGGGGAGGUGGGUCAUGUCUACAAUAUCGGGACAAAGAAGGAGAGGAGGGUGAUUGACGUGGCGAAAGACAUAUGCAAGCUUUUCUCCAUGGACCCGGAGACCUGCAUCCAGUUCGUGGAAAAUAGACCAUUCAAUGAUCAGAGGUACUUCUUGGAUGAUCAGAAGCUGAAGAAUUUGGGUUGGUCCGAACGGACUAGUUGGGAAGAAGGGCUGAAGAGGACAAUGGAAUGGUACGUCAAGAAUCCUGACUGGUGGGGAGAUGUGUCUGGCGCUCUGCUUCCUCAUCCAAGAAUGUUGAUGAUGGCUGGUGGGGUUGAGAGGCAUUAUGAUGGGCUUGAAGAAGGCAAAACAUCACCUCUUCCAUCUAAUUCUGAUCAGACCAAUAUGGCAGUUUCAGGCGAGAAACCGUCGUUCAAGUUCCUGAUAUAUGGUAGAACCGGAUGGAUUGGGGGCUUACUCGGAAAGCUGUGCCAGAUGCAGGGGAUUCCAUUUGAGUAUGGAAGAGGGCGUCUCGAGGACCGGUCACAGCUCUUGGCAGACAUUGCGAAUGUUAAACCGACACAUGUUUUUAACGCUGCUGGUGUGACUGGUAGACCCAAUGUGGACUGGUGUGAAUCCCACAAAACCGAAACAAUCCGCGCAAACGUUGCUGGAACGCUAACAUUAGCCGAUGUCUGUCGGGAACGUGGACUCCUUAUGAUGAACUUCGCCACUGGCUGUAUAUUUGAGUACAAUGCUUCCCAUCCAGAGGGCUCUGGCAUUGGCUUUAAGGAAGUGGACAAGCCAAAUUUCAUUGGUUCCUUUUACUCCAAAACCAAGGCCAUGGUGGAAGAGCUUUUGAAGGAGUAUGACAAUGUCUGUACUCUCAGAGUCCGUAUGCCUAUCUCAUCGGACCUAGACAACCCACGCAAUUUCAUCACCAAAAUCUCUCGUUAUAGCAAGGUGGUUAACAUUCCCAACAGUAUGACCGUCUUGGACGAACUCCUGCCGAUUUCCAUAGAGAUGGCGAAGCGGAACCUGAGGGGUAUAUGGAACUUUACGAACCCCGGAGUUGUGAGCCACAAUGAGAUCCUGGAGAUGUACAAGAGCUAUAUUGACCCCAAAUUCCAGUGGGUUAACUUUACUUUGGAAGAGCAAGCGCAGGUGAUCGUCGCCCCACGGAGCAACAACGAGAUGGAUGCGACCAAAUUGAAGAACGAGUUCCCCGACUUGCUAUCAAUCAAGGACUCGCUCAUCAAGUACGUAUUCGAGCCGAACAAGAAAAGCAUCACGAAGUAACUGGCUGUCAGAGUUAGGUAUCCGGAUUGGUUCGUGCUUAAAUUACACGAGAUGGUCUCUUACACUUCUUUAGCUUUCUUUAGAGUUAUUGUUUGUUCGCAAUUACCAGCAUCAGGUCCUUCUCCUGUCAGAGAAACCGAAGUUGAACCAGUUAGGGACUUCUUUCUCUGUUUUUUUCAAUUCUAGCUCACCCCAUGUGAUGGUGGUAGAAGCUAACUACGGAGAUGCCAUUAUAUUAAUAAAGAUGUAACCAUUUUUUAUGUGUUCA